CGGGCGGCGGCGGCGGCUGCCUCCGCUCCGGGCGUCGUGGGAUCUCUAUCUGCUCGCCCGUGCAUGGACGGCGCGCGCUCCAGCCGGCCGCAGGGACAGGGUCGUGCAAGGGCUUGGUUGGUCUGGGUAGUGUGACCCAUGCUUUGAGGCCAGGAGACUCCCCGAGUCCAGCAUGCCGUGGGACACCAGGCCUGGACGCAGCGCCAACGGAGGGCCGGAGGGUCCGGGCGCAGCUCGCUUGCGGGUGCAGAAGCAGUGCCGGAAGUCAUCCUUCGCUUUCUACCUGGCAGUGCGAGAUCUGCUGCCAGUGUGGCUACUCGAGGACAUGCGUGCCAGCGAAGCCUUCCACUGGGACGAGCGUGGGCGCGCUGCCGCAUAUUCGCCAUCAGAGGCCCUGCUCUACGCGCUCGUGCACGACCACCAAGCCUAUGCUCACUACCUGCUGGCUACCUUCCCUCGCCGAGCACUCGCCCCACCCAGCGCAGGCUUCCGCUGCUGCACCGCGCCCGGACCGCACGUGGCGUUGGCGGUGCGCUACAAUCGCGUGGGCAUCCUGCGCCGCAUCCUGCGAACCGUGCAGGACUUCCCAGUCGAAGAGCGCGUGCGCCUCCUGGACCGGCGUGGCUGCAGCCGCGUGGAGGGCGGUGGUACGUCGCUGCACGUGGCCUGCGAGCUGGCGCGCCCUGAGUGCCUCUUUCUGCUGCUUGGCCACGGGGCAUCUCCAAGCCUUAGAGACGGCAGUGGCUUUACACCACUAGAGCUGCUGCUGCAUCAGCUGAACCAGGACGCCAGCUCAGCCCCUACUGCUGCUGAGGCUGCCUCUGCCACUGUCCCUGCCGCCACCGCCAACACCACUUCAUCAGGGGAGGUGUGCCAGCGUCGCCUGCUGCUCCUUGACCUGCUAGCGCUGUACACCCCGGGGGGCGUCGUAGGCCCAGCUCGAUGUGAACUGCUAGGAGACCGGCUACGCUGGCAGCGGCUACUGGGUGAGGACAAGUUCCAGUGGCUAGCGGGGCUGGCGCCACCCUCCCUCUUUGUCCGUGCCAUGCAGGUGCUGGUCACUACCAUCUCACCUGGCCGCUUCCCGGAGGCCUUGGAUGAGCUGCCUCUGCCACCCUUUUUGCAGCCCUUGGACCUCUCGGGCAAGGGUUAGACUCAGAGGACCCUGACCCAGUAUUUGGGGACAGAAGUAUUUUUGAGAGCAUUGUACCUGGCACUUUACAUAUAUGGAUCUCUGACCGUACAGAGGAA